UUUCGCAGCUGGUCGUUACGCUCCGGACAGGUUUCAGGGAAGCUCCGGGCUCAUCAUGUCGCGGCAUCUUCGCUUCAUCGCUCGGACGGUGAUGGUCCAAGAUGGCAACGUCGACGCGGCGUACAAGACCUUAAACAGGGUCUUAACCCAGGAUGGCAUCAUCGACACGGUGAAGCGUAAACGCUACUUUGAGAAGCCCUGCCGAGAGCGACAGCGGAAGAACUUCGAGAACUGCAAGCGCAUUUACCACAUGGAAAUGGCCCGAAAGAUUGCUUUCAUCUCCAGGACAAACAGAGAGGAUCCCUGGCUCGGCUGCUAGGGGGGAGGAAUGUGUUGAGAGAGCGCAAUAACAGCGAACUGAUGACUAGGGGGACGGUUUAACAAGCACUAGGUCUGUGUUACACCUGAUGGGACUCGUAGAAAAGUAACAAAAUAACGGAAAGCGAAUCUAAGAACAUGUUUGUAGAUGUUCAUGAGUCGUUUAGAUUUAUUGUGACAUUUCUUUGUGAAUCGGGUCUCAUUCCAGUUAAAGCUUGCUGUAAAUUAACUCAAGCUCACCACUGCAGGCGCAACCAUCUAAGCUCUUCAUCGCAUCUGUCCAGAGCAUUAGCUCUCAGUGCAGGAGGCUGUUACAUGUGAACUUGCUUUUGCUUCAUUCGCACUGAAAAACAACCAUUUUAACUACAUUUGGUCCUUGUUGAGGUUAACAAGUUGUGUUUAUAUCCUUUCCUGCAGCCUCAGGCUGGUCACCUAGAUGUUAUACUGACGGCUCUCCCUGUUUUUUGGAUUCAUCUGGCGUCUAAUGUUAAUAAAUAUAUCCAACAUCUCCACCUCGACCUGCUGCAGAAUUCCUGUCAAAUAUGAAAAUGUGGAAUUAUAAUUUUUAGAUGUUGCUAAAUACAAAUAAAUAAAUUUGUGCUUCCAGAACAUUGUAACUUAAAAUUGAGGAGUUUAACAACAUAAAUGGAUCUAACGAGCCGAAUCAGUCUUCCCACGCUAAAAAAUAAAUAUGAAGAUAUGGGUUACAAUUCUGUUUUUGCUUUUUAAAUCCUGCAUAACAACAUUGUUUUGUAAGAUCAACAAAUUAGGAUUGUGGUAUAAAAGUGAAGAAUUAAUUAAAACUGGCUGAAAUAGGAAAAAAUAAAUGAUUACCUGCAGCAUUUGCUUGAAA